AUGUAUCGUUGCACUGCGGGAAAGCUCUCGCUGAGAGCUGUUCAAGCUUCGAGGUCCCUACACACCUCAUCCAAGUCACAGCUCCUUUCUGGGAGCCAUCAGAAUGCCGUCGUGGCCGGCAGGAAACCUCUGGCCCUCGUGGCUCGCGGCUCGCUGCAGCGCAGGAGCUAUGCCAUCGCGGCUGAGGAGUCGAACAAAGGCGUAGACCCCAACGAUUCGUUCCUCCAAGGCAAUGCGGCAAACUACAUUGACGAAAUGUACUUGGCGUGGAAACACGAUCCCUCCUCCGUCCACGUAUCGUGGCAGGCCUACUUCCACAACAUGGAAAAAGGCAACAUGCCCGUUUCUCGAGCGUUCCAACCUCCUCCGGGCUUAAUCUCUCAAGCCGAAGGCGCCGUGAGCCUCGCACCGAACGCCGUCCAAGCUGGGGACCACGACGUCACCAAUCACUUGAAGGUCCAAUUGCUGGUUCGGGCGUACCAGGCCACUGGCCACCACAAGGCCAAGACGGAUCCCUUGGGGAUCCGUGGCGAGGCUGAUGCAUUCGGAUAUCGCAAACCGAAGGAACUCGAGUUGGACCACUACGGCUUCACCGAAGCCGACCUGGACCAAGAAUUCACUCUGGGCCCCGGCAUUCUACCCAGGUUCGCCACGGAGACGCGCAAGAAGAUGAAGUUGAGGGACAUUAUCGCUGCCUGCGAGAAGAUUUACUGCGGAUCCUAUGGCGUCGAGUACAUCCACAUCCCACAUCGUGAGCAGUGCGACUGGAUCAGAAACAGAAUCGAGGUCCCGACUCCGUUCAAGUACUCGGUGGAUGACAAGCGCCGCAUCUUGGACCGUCUGAUCUGGAGUUCCAGCUUCGAGACAUUCUUGGCCACCAAGUAUCCCAACGACAAACGGUUUGGUCUCGAAGGUUGCGAGUCACUGGUGCCAGGUAUGAAAGCCAUGAUUGACCGCAGCGUCGACUAUGGCAUCAAGGACAUCGUGAUCGGCAUGCCGCAUCGAGGAAGAUUGAACGUUUUGAGCAACGUCGUCCGCAAGCCCAACGAGUCGAUUUUUAGUGAAUUUUCCGGCACGGCCGAAGCGGGCGAUGAAGGCUCGGGCGAUGUGAAAUACCAUCUCGGUAUGAACUUUGAACGUCCCACUCCUUCCGGAAAACGAGUCCAGCUAUCUCUGGUUGCCAAUCCUUCCCAUCUGGAGGCCGAAGAUCCCGUCGUGCUUGGGAAGACCCGCGCGAUCCAGCACUACAACAACGACGAGAAGAGCCACGAGACGGCUAUGGGGGUUUUGCUCCACGGCGAUGCCGCCUUUGCUGCACAGGGUGUCGUGUACGAGACCCUGGGGUUCCAUGCCCUGCCCGCAUAUUCCACCGGUGGCACUAUCCACAUUAUCGUGAACAACCAGAUUGGCUUCACGACCGAUCCUAGAUUCGCUCGGUCGACACCUUACUGUUCCGAUAUUGCCAAGGCCAUCGACGCCCCCGUCUUCCACGUCAACGGUGAUGAUGUUGAGGCUGUCAACUUCGUCUGCCAACUUGCCUCGGAUUGGAGAGCCGACUGGAAGAAAGAUUGCGUCAUCGACAUUGUCUGCUACCGGAAACAGGGCCACAACGAAACCGAUCAACCAUCCUUUACACAGCCUCUGAUGUACAAACGGAUCUCGCAACAAAAGCCCCAGAUCGACAAAUAUGUCGAGAAGCUGCUGGAAGAAGGCACGUUUGCCAAAGAGGACAUUGAGGAGCACAAGAAAUGGGUCUGGGGAAUGCUCAACGACAGUUUCGACCGGAGCAAAGAUUACCAACCUACUGGAAGAGAGUGGCUGACUUCCUCCUGGAAUGGGUUCAAGACGCCCAAGGAACUCGCGACGGAGGUCCUCCCCCAUCCGCCCACGGGCGUCAGCGCGGAUGUGUUGAGGUCGAUUGGAGACAAGAUCAGUUCGGCGCCAGAGGGAUUCACCGUGCACCGAAACCUCAAACGUAUUCUGGGAGGCCGAAAGAAGGCUGUGGACGACGGCAAGGGCAUCGACUGGUCCACGGCCGAGGCUUUGGCUUUCGGCAGUCUCGUUCUGGAGGGUCAUCAUGUCCGAGUUUCGGGUCAAGAUGUGGAACGUGGCACAUUCUCCCAAAGACAUGCAGUGCUACAUGACCAAGAGAACGAGGCAACUUACACGCCGCUCAACGACUUGUCCAAAGACCAAGGUGCCUUCACCAUCUCUAACUCGUCGUUGAGCGAGUUUGGAGUCCUCGGCUUCGAAUACGGCUACUCGUUGUCAUCCCCCAACGCGCUCGUCAUGUGGGAAGCACAAUUCGGCGACUUUGCCAACAACACUCAGUGUAUUAUUGACCAGUUCAUUGCCUCGGGUGAAGUCAAAUGGCUACAGCGGUCCGGACUUGUUGUCUCGCUACCUCAUGGUUAUGACGGCCAAGGACCGGAACACUCUUCCGGUCGUAUCGAACGGUAUCUGCAACUGUGCAACGAGGAGCCUCGUGUGUUCCCAUCCCCAGAUAAACUUGACCGGCAACAUCAGGACUGCAACAUGCAGGUAGCAUACAUGACCACGCCUGCCAACUACUUCCAUAUCCUGCGACGACAGAUGAACCGACAAUUUAGAAAACCAUUGAUUGUCUUCUUCUCCAAGUCUUUACUGCGUCACCCCAUCGCUCGCUCCGACAUUGACGAUUUCAUCGGUGACUCCCAUUUCCAGUGGAUCAUCCCUGAAACCGAACACGGCAAAGCGAUUGCCGAGCCCGACGAGAUCGACCGUGUCAUCCUGUGUUCGGGCCAAGUGUACGCCGCGCUGCUCAAGCACCGUGCCGAAAAUAACAUUAAGAACACCGCCAUCACACGGAUCGAGCAGCUCAACCCCUUCCCAUGGGCGCAGCUCAAGGAGAACUUGGACACGUACAAGAACGCCAAGAACAUUGUUUGGUGUCAAGAGGAGCCCUUGAACGCCGGCGCCUGGAGUUUCGUCCAGCCACGUAUUGAGACGCUCUUGAACGAGACGGAGCACCACAACAGACGCCACGUGAUAUACGCAGGACGCGAUCCUUCGGCGUCGGUCGCCACCGGUCUCAAGGCCACCCAUCUCAAGGAGGAACAAACGCUACUGGAGGAUGCCUUCAAGGUCACGCAGGACAAAUUGAAGGGCGAGUGA